AAAAAACACCCGGAAUGUAUGUUUGCACGAGACGAAUUCAUGGGUUUUGUCAUGCAAAUAAAAUAUGAAUAGCUGGUGUUAAUUCAAGGCAAAUGGAGUGUGAUAACAAUUAUUUACUAAAUGGUUAGAUGAUAAAAGAACUCUGAUCAUUUCAAGUAAAACUCACUUCAUACACCUUGGCAACUGUUCAACCGAAAAAUGAAAAAACGCUUUAGUUUCACACAUGUUUUUGUACUUAGAAUUUUUCCAUAUAUCGUGUGUAAUUUCGAAGAAAAAAGAUGAAUUCUUUCCAAAGACUUACAUAUGAAACGAUGUUACCAUCUUGACCCACAUAGAAUCCUGGUCGAUUUUGUUGUCGUAAUCCCUGGUAUCCGCUCUCAAGUUCGGUGUACGACAUUUUUUAAUAACGAUCGUCGUACACGGUUAAUUUAAUUUAAUUUUCUUUGCACGCAAAGGUGGAAUUCAGUUCACAUUAAACAAAUUGUUUUUGAUUUUCACCAUGUCCGCUAUAAAUAGAUGAAAAAGAAGACAUGAAAAACGCUGUGACGUGAGCCAAACUGCUUUUGCGCUCAAUUAAGAUUCCAUAACCUAUCCCAACAAGUUGAAUUUUCACUGAUUAUAAAAAAAAACACCGAGAGAGACAAAGUACAAUCAAAAUGAAAAUCACAUUUUUCUUGCACCGAAAUUAAAUUUGCACCACAAGUCAAUUGGGAAAUGCAAACAAUCAAGUAAACACACGCACUGUUUGUGGACCGGAUGACCGCAUGUUUUCUUCAAAUUGUUGUGGACUCAUUACCGAAGAAAACCUUAAUUUAACGACACGUAAACAAUUCGUCCACGAUUUAGUCUAAUCAAGUUGAGCAAAACUACUAAAAACCAACCAUUUGAAUGCCACCAAAAUAUGAAUGCUGUUCCGCACAAAUGACAAGUGAUUAUUGAUUUUUUUUACGAUGCAAACACAGUAUAAUAAUGGAUUUUAAAUAAAAUAAUUUGUAUAUCGAUUCGGUGUGUCUUACGAUGUAUUUAUGAAUGAAUUUAUUGAGAUAAUCGUAAAACGAUUGAUCUCGUUUAAACCGAAUGAAUUACGAUUUCAUCACGUUCAACUACAUCGCUUUCUUUAUGCACACAUUCCGAUACACGAGAAAGAGAAUUAUGAGGAUUUUUUUUUCUUUUUGUAUGACAAAAAAGUGUACACACACACGAACAGCAGACACUGAUAUGACGUUUGACAAAUCGCGUUGCGCGAAAUGACAGAUUAGGCUACAUGCACCAACAACAACAACAAAUGAAACACCAAAAUAACAACAAGACUGUUUUUACACAAAUUAAAAUGUGCUUAAAUUAUCUUGAAAUUCAAUUUUUACUGACGAUGUUUUGUCUCUUUGAACAUGUGUAUAGUGAAGUUUGUAAAAUUGCAUGGAAAAUAGGUGGUUGCUUAAAAUAAUUUCGAAAUAUCGUCACUGUUUUUCUUUCAUUCGUUCAAACUGAAAAUUUUGCGCACAUUGGAUUACAGAUGUUCGAAUAUGUCACCGGUUGCGGUAAUUCGUACCGAAAAUUGUCAAGCGGUGAACGCACCCGUCGAUUCGACGACUUUGACAUAUGUCAGUUGUCAUGGAAACAACGAAAGAGCAAGCAACGAACGCUAGAAGGAGAACACUCAAUCGAAGCAAUCAAAACAAAGCCAAAUUUAUUUUGUAACGUAUUUUUUCUAUUUGAAACAAAGCAUAAUUAAACAAAAAAUUAACGCACAACAUUUGAUUGGCGAAAAAUGUCACAAGAGAGUGACUCCUUUGUAUCGGUUUUUAAAAUUGAUGGUAAACCCAUUUUGCCACCCGUGAUUGACGAUGCUCGGCGCAUCGAAAUCAGUCGUGACCGCCAACUGGCAAUUGAUGUGGAACAUCGCCUGCGUUUACAGCAACAGCAAAAAAUUAAAAAUUCGCAAUCGGAUUUGGUGGCGAGCGAUUACGAUGAAACAUUAGUAAAAGGUGCAAUUGAAUGUAAUGUUUCCAAUUAUGACACAUCCGCAGCAGUCGACAGUCUACUUGAUGACAAUAUUUCCACACUCAAAGAGGACGUAGUCGAUAAAAUUGAAUCGGCAUUUGGCAAUAUACCGUCCAUCAACGUGCCUAAUUUCGAAGAAAAGAGUGCUGUGAACGAACGAAAGUCCUCAAAAAACGUACCGCUAUCUUUGAUCAUCGACACCAAUUUCAAUGAAUUUAAUGUCGAAAAUAUUUCACCGAGUUUUUCAUUGCAUUCAUCACCAUCAAUGGGUGCUCUGGAUGAUAGUCGAAAUCAGUCAUUGUAUUUCACUCCAAUGUCGGGUCGUGAAUCAUUUGCAUCAACACCAAAUAGCCUCUUUCCCUCAGCGCGUAUAAUUCGAUCAAAUUCAUUUACACUCGAAAAACCGAGCCCGAUGUUGCUCCAACACAUGGAGGCCAAUGGAAUUCAGAUCGGUUCAAAUUGCUCGCCGCUCAAAAGUCCGAGAUUUUUACAGGUCAAUGAAUUUAAAAAAACGCCAAAGAACACACCACAAAAACGGUUGCAAUCCCACGACGUCAAAGAUAGCAUAAAAAUAAAAGAGCAAAAAAAGAAGCCAAACGCAUCUAAAGUUCCAUUGAACAAGUCGGCACAUAACAAGUCUUUAUCAUCCAGUUCAAAUACGUCAUUAAAUUCAACGAUUCUUCAAUCCAAUCAUUCAGUGAAAUCAAGUUCGCCAUACGCGGUGAAAUCAAUGAAAAAACAGAAAUCGUCAACAAAACCGAAACAAUCAAAUCAAACGAAUGGUGAAUCAGGUGUUUUCAAGAACAGCGAAUCGAUUUUACGCUCAAUUUAUGAACCGAGUAAACCAGCCAAGACCCCAGCUAGUGCCAAAAAGGGAAAUGGCUCAAUUGCAUCGGUGAACGGUUCGACGAAUGGUAAACACUCCACCUCGACUAGAACACCAACAAAAACAAGUGUCGAACCGAUAUCAUCACGAUCAUCAAACAUAAGUAAUGGAAAUUUUCAUGACAUUCUGGCAAUGAUCGAACAUCAGCAUGAGGCUCAAAUGCAGAUGUUAGUGCAGCGUCAACAGGAGGAACAAAUGCGCAUGCAAGCCGAAUUUCAGCGUCAACAAAAUGAAUUAUUACUGAAAAUAUCGAAUUUAAUUGCAAAUAAAACGGAUAAUAAGCAUAGCACACCGAACGAAAUAUUAAUGACUGAUGCCAAAAAGUCCAAUGAAAAAAUGCUCAUCGAAGAAGUAAAUAAUGAUGUGGCACUGGCACUUGAUACAAAUGGCAAUCGUCUUUUUACCCGUUUCACACCAGAAAACUCAAAAUGUAUGCGGCGUUUGUACUAUGAUGACAAUAAAUUGGUCUCCGAUGAGCUCAACAAAUCUCAGUCUAUCGAAGGUCCGUCAAGUUUAUCGACAGUUAGUUCGGAUCAAUUGGUUGAAUACACCGCAAGAGAGAUUGCAGCCGCCACAACAAUAGCGGCUUAUACGCGAGGUCAUCAGACGCGUCGCCUGAUGAAAACGAAAAAGGUGCAAACAAUCGUCAAUACCAGACGUGACUCGUUGUUGAUCGCUUUGGACAUGCAUUAUGAAAGCAAAGAACGGGCUAAAAAUGGUACACAGACUGAAAGUGAAACGGAAGCCGAUAUUGAAUUAAAAUCUCAGCUCAUUCAACAGUUGGCAUCGGCAAGUCAAAAUUUGCACGAUAUAUUUGUCGAGAUCUCAAUGGCCGAGCGCAUGGAUAUCAUUGCCAAGGAUCGUGAAUGGCAACGAAACAAAUUGAACCGGUCCAAAUUGUCGAAUAAUAACAAAAAUCACAUGUUUGUCAAUGGUAAUUCGCACUUUUUGUAAAAUGUUGAAGCAUAGCAGGCGAUGAACAAGAAAAAUAAAACAAAAACAACGAUAUACUCACACAAAUUGAAUAGAAUGUAAGCAUGCAUCAUUUGGUUGUAAAACAGCUGCCUUGUAUUUUAAACCCGUUUGUCAUUCAAUCAUUCCUUUUUUUAUAUAUAUAUACAUGAACCGUUUUUAUUUAAAUGUUAU